CCACACGUCAUCCACAUAGACUCCACGUCUAUAUAAAAGCUUUUGAGCCGUGGGUAACAUGUGAUCAAUCCCUUCAUCAGAGGCGUGGGCUCCUUGCUAUCCACGAACAAGAGAUGGGAGAUGUGCCGAGGGCUCAGGCCGUCGCAGGUGAACACGAGGCUGGCGUCUGGCCGGGCGAGCUCGACGAUCAGCUCAUAAGCGAGCUCCUUAGCGACGACAGCCUCCUUGCCUCGCUGGUCCCGGCCGGCGACUCGGAGAAGAACCACUCCUGCGACAAGGGAGGCUCAAUAUCUGGUCGGUGCAACAGCGGCGGCAGUAGCACCGCAGCCGAGCACGAGCGGUUGCCGCCGGCGUCGGUGGCUAGGCAGGCUAUGUGCUCGGUGUACUCCGGCCCUACGAUCAGGGACAUCCAAAAGGCGCUGUGGUCUCGGCCGUACCCCUCCAGCCGCCGCUUCGGCUCGCUGUAUUUUAGCCGCAGGUACGGAGCGCCGAGUACGCCGCUGGAGAGCAGACACACGGCCAAGGUGAGGAGCUGCGGCGGCAAGACGCCGACGGACGGGUACAAGUGGAGGAAGUAUGGGCAGAAGUGCAUCAAGAACAACCCCCAUCCCAGGAGCUACUACAAGUGCACGAGCUCCCACUGCAGCGCCAAGAAGCACGUGGAGAAGUCCACCGACGACCCGGAGAUGCUCAUCGUCACCUACGAGGGGACGCACCUCCACGGCCCGCAGCAGCUGCUCCGGCGCCUCCUGCCCCAGGACCUACCCGGCGAGAAGAAGAAGACCUGCAGAUCCUCGCCGCCGGCGUCCGACGAAGAGGCGCGAGGGGUCAUCAAGCUGCAGAGCAGUCAAAGGGGACGCGGCCGUGACGGCCUGCAGCGUGCGGCCACGGAUUCGUGCGAUGGCUCGGCGUCCUCUGCCGUGCCGCGUGCCGCUGAUGACGCCACCAUGCUUUCUUCUUCCGACUCGCCGCCGUCCAACUGGUCUGGCUCUGGCCAGGACACGUUGUGGUCCCUGGAAUCUCUACUUCCGGCACAGAGGAUAUGAUCGAGCCUGGCUUGGCCACUAGAGGCUUAUUAGGGAGGGUAAGUGCACUACUGCACUAUAUACGUAGGUGAUCGACAAAGGUGUUUUGUAUAGUGAUGAUCAAAAUAUCUGACCCUGGUGUCGAGGAAGAAAAAACAACCGAGGUAACCAAGCAUGUUUAUGGGCCUUGGGCGACACCAACGAAUAUCAUAUAUACCUGGGUGGCAUGUCGAUAGAACAAUAGCAGCUGGCAUACUUACAACCUAUUUGACUACAUAUACUAAUAUGGAGUAUACAUGUACUAGUUAUUCGGGUUGCAUGUAUGUACUUCAAGGUUAUAUAUGUACUCAAAUAUGGAGCGCAGAUGGAUAAAGGGAGGCCA